UUUAAACGAAAUUCCAAAAGUAAACACAAGCCAUUUUCAACCCAGGACCUGCCAGUGCGAACUUAUAUCACCCGAAUAACAGUUUGAAUAGCACAGGAAGCAUUUGGUUCCCACACCCGAUCAAAAUUUACAACAUAAUUUACAAAGCUGCUAGCUGACACUACAACCAGAACAGCCACGCCCCCACGCCCCAAUGAGCGCCCCCGAAAUACAAAAACAAGGCAGAGUCUGUCACUUGCCACGUCGAACUGGAAUUGACCAAAUUGAAAACGGAACCGGCACGAGAGACCGGGCCAUGCAAUUAGCUGGGGGUCAUUGUGUUCGGUUCAGCGCAGUUCACUUCCAAUCGAAUCGAUUCCUGUGCGAUUUCGAGUUCGGUAUCAGCUUAGGUUUCGGUUUCAGUUGUUGUUUUUGUUUCGACUGGGGUCUGGGUUUCGCACCGAAUUUCCGUUUGCAAUUUUGCGGUUUCAAUAUUGAAAUGGGGGCGGCCCCCGUAUUGGAAUUGCGUUUGACAAUGUUUCGACAGCAAUUUGCUCAACAAAUUGUUAUUAAAUGUAUACAAUUGAUUGGCCAUUGUUGGGCCUUCAUUUACACAAUGGACAAGGAUUAGCCCCUCUUUGGAAACACUAAGAUUACUGAAAGAAAGAUUUUCACUUCCGAGGUGUUUAACAUAAGUUAUCUGUUCACCUUAUUUUAGUUUUUGAACUUUAUCCCUUAAACACACAUUUUAUUUCUUUUUUCUUUUCAAGAUUUUCAAAAAAUGUUUAAUUUGAUCUAUAAAUAUCUUAGUAUUGGUUACAUUCAUUUCAUUACCAAUCUAACCUUCCUUCUAGAUGGUUUUUUUUUUUCUUUCUUGACAGACUGCCAUUCAAUUGUCAAAUAUCUUUGAAUCUGCAGCGUCACGAUUUCUGGUUGGGCGCACGACUUCAGACACUGCAGUUGUGCCGGAAAAUUGCAUUGAACUUCAAAAAAUUGAAACUUCACGAGGGCAUUUGGCAGCCAUUCGAGGGCAGGGGGGCGUGACCGAUUUUAUGUUGUAAGGGCACGUGGCAGCCUUUAGCCGGAUAAAAUUUCAAUCAACAAAAAGUGGUAAAAAAAAUUGCAUUGCAUUUCGGCUGUAAUUGGUUUUUUGUGUGGGUCACCCAAAUUAGUUUAGUUCAAAAUUUCGCCACUUUGCAGACAGAAAUAAAUUUCAUAUACCUGAUUCAUUGUUUCAUUAGUUCCAUUUCCCUACUUUAAAAAUAUAUCAAGAUCAACUGAUCUUUGCAUUUAAGACUGUCGAUCAAAAUUCAUGUAGAAAAUCAUAAAUAAUUGUAUUCACCCCAAAGUACUGUGAUUUUAACAGUAUGUUCUUUAAGCGGUGUUGCUUUUUUUUGCCCCUAAACGUAGGUUGCAUGAUCAUUGGCGGGAUCUUCAUCAUUUUCCAUGUUGGGGAGCUAAUAACGCAUACGAACGACACAAUAUUUAUCAGGGAGGUGUCCAACAAAUCCUGGAGUCCAGUCGUCAUGUCUCCGGUCCUGGUUUUUGGAACUCUAAGCUCUAUCCUGCUCGUCUAUGCGGCCGCCAAGCGCAAACGAGGAUUUGUUCUUCUCUGGCUAGUAGUAUACGUGAUUAUACUCUUCUUGUACUUUAUAUUGGCCAUUGUCGCGCUAGUGAAGGUCAAACCUCCUCCAAUUAUAUUGACUGUUCAGGUGGUGAUUAUUGUUGGGUUGGUGUACUCUCUGAUGAUAGUGCAUGCUUUCUUCAAAUAUCUCGGCAGUGUGGAAUAUGACGAUUCUAUCUGAUCUAGUCAUCAUCUUUUAAUUUGUCUACUGUAUACAA